AUGAUCCAGCAGCUCAGGGGAGGAUAUGGCAAAAAAAGUGGUCGCAGUAAAAAGUGGAGGGAGAUGCUGAAGCUGCCCCCUGUCAGCCAGUGCAGCGAGCUUAGACAUUCCCUCGAAAAGGAUUACAGCAGUCUUUGUGACAAGCAGCCAAUAGGAAGACUUCUCUUCAGGCAGUUCUGUGAUACAGAACCUUCCCUAAAGAGGCGCAUUGAGUUCUUGGAUGCAGUGGCAGAAUAUGAAGUGGCUGAUGAUGAGGAGCGAAGAGAUUAUGGAAUGUCAAUCUUAGAUAGAUUCUUCAAUAAUGAGUUGGCAGCCUCUUUACCAGAAAUACCUCCAAGUGUUGUGAGAGAAUGUAGAUCAAGACUGAAGCAGAACCCUUCCAAAAAAGUCUUUGAGGAGUGCACUGGAGUUGUUCAUAACUAUUUAAGUGGGAAACCAUUUGAAGAAUACCAAGAAAGCUCAUAUUUUUCCCAGUUUUUACAAUGGAAAUGGCUGGAAAGGCAACCAGUAACAAAGAACACAUUUAGACAUUACAGAGUUCUGGGAAAAGGCGGAUUUGGAGAGGUUUGUGCCUGUCAAGUGCGAGCUACAGGAAAACUGUAUGCCUGCAAAAAGCUAGAAAAAAAAAGAAUAAAGAAGAGGAAAGGUGAAGCUAUGGCUCUAAAUGAAAAGAGAAUCCUAGAGAAAGUGCAUAGUAGAUUUGUAGUUAGUUUAGCCUACACUUAUGAAACCAAAGAUGCCUUGUGUUUGGUGCUAACCAUUAUGAAUGGAGGGGAUUUGAAGUUUCACAUUUACAACCUGGGCAAUCCCGGCUUUGAUGAGCAGAGAGCUGUUUUCUAUGCUGCAGAGCUGUGUUGUGGCUUGGAAGAUUUACAGAGGGAAAGAAUUGUAUACAGAGACUUAAAGCCUGAGAAUAUUCUCCUUGAUGAUCAUGGACAUAUCCGGAUUUCAGACCUUGGUUUAGCAAUAGAGAUCCCAGAAGGGAAGACAGUUCGAGGAAAAGUUGGCACAGUUGGCUACAUGGCUCCUGAAGUUAUCAAUAAUGAAAACUAUACAUUUAGUCCUGAUUGGUGGGGACUUGGCUGUCUGAUAUAUGAAAUGAUUCAGGGACAUUCUCCGUUCAGAAAGUUCAAAGAGAAAGUCAAACGGGAGGAGGUUGAUCGAAGAGUCAGGAUGGAUACUGAGGAGUAUUCUGCGAAGUUUUCAAAGGACACGAAAUCUAUCUGCAGGAUGCUACUCACCAAGAAUCCAAGCGAGCGGCUGGGCUGCAAGGGCGAUGGGGCCGCUGCGGUGAAGCAGCACCCUGUGUUCAAGGACAUGAACUUCAGGAAGCUGGAAGCAAAUGUGUUAGAGCCCCCUUUCUGCCCUGAUCCUCAGGCAGUGUAUUGUAAGGAUGUCCUGGAUAUCGAGCAGUUCUCCACGGUAAAAGGAGUCUGCCUGGACACCAAAGACGAAAACUUCUAUGCUCAGUUUGUUACGGGGUGUGUCUCCAUCCCCUGGCAGAAUGAGAUGAUUGAAUCAGGAUGUUUCAAGGACAUCAAUGAAAGUGAAAAUGAGGGAAAUUUGCCAUUAAAUACAGAAGAGAAAAUACAGCACCCCGUUUCCAAACCAAAGGGAGGCUGCUUCUAUAGACUCUUCAGAAGAGGGGGCUGCCUGACCACAGGCCCCAGCGAGAAGGAAGGAGAGUCGACGCAGCCCUGACUGUUCACCCCGCGGAUGGCGCGGAGCCAGACCACGCUGCCGGGGAACCCGCGCCCACUGUCUCAUCCUGUCUGUGCCUCCUAAUAAACACGGACCCCACAGUUUCACACAUGC